CACUUCGGUACGACCUCGGCACGUUGGUCCUUACCUUUCCCUCUCGUGCACAGCGCUAGAUAGCGGCUUACUCAUCGCUGACACGAACGAUCUCUGCAGGCACUCACAGGGCUUGCUCCAAAGCACGGGUCAUCUAGGCAAGAACUGCUACGUUGUCUUUUGGGUGUCUGGCCGUCGUGUCUAUCGGCUGUGCAAGCAUCCAUUCACCAUGCCUGGUUCAAUUUUCGUGUGCAUGACGGAGUGUGGAUCGGCUUGACAGGUCGAAAGACAUGACGUGAGGCAAAGUAGUGUCAACAGGGUCCUCACAAGUCGUUCGCUGCUCCAUACCCGGCCAUGGAAGGAUGCUUUUCAACCAGAAAUAUAUUAUGACUACGGCGCAGGGUGGUUGUACAGAAGACUGUGAAGAUGGAGAGCUUUGAGGUCGUGAUUCCUCAAGACGGAAAAUAUGUCGGGCUUGAACGCUGCCACGUGAAGCCCGAGGUCCGAGAGAUACUGGAGUAUGGCUAAGACUUUCGUUUCGUCCCAGAAGCAGUCAAGCAUUACGCACAGGACAUGCUGGUCGUUCGUCGCUCGAGUCGAUAUUUUGGCACUGCAACCGAGCUUGCCAUCAACAGUUGCGCGCGCUACAGAAGCCCACGCAGAGUCUACCUCGUUCGAGUUUACGGACAGAAGCAACUUCCCCGAUCCAAAGUUGCAUCGUUUUGCCAAGGAGAAUAUGUUGGCAGACACCUUUCGUGCUUCGGAAGGAACUUGGGAUGGAGAGAGCCUUGCGAGACGAUCAGACCACUCUUCCACGAUAUCAUUCAUUUCGGCGGUGCAAUGGGUCCUCGUUUCGUCAUGGGCACGAUGCGUGUAAGCAUCGUGAGGGCCAGGAACCCAAAUCCAUCUCCAGGAGCCUCCUUGAGACGAAGGUGUCGAGUGUUGGACUGACGGUCGUACACGAGCAAGAAACGAGUCGAGGGAUUCGUUGUGAACGUCUUGCUGAAGCGUGAGGUCAAGCCGGGGCUUUCGGUCACGACGCUUGAACCCUUUUGGAAGGGCUUCAGCCAGCUGCAGCUCGUCAAGUUUCGCAGCCGCCACAGCCAUGACGUAAGGAAGUUCUCGAAUGAUUCUUGCACGAUCGAGGAUUGCUUGCAGAUGCGCC